GAGAAGCGCUGCUAUAAUACUUAGCAACGUAGAGCAGCUUUCCAACAGAACAGUUACGGAGUUUGUAUACGGCUACUGCCACUCUUCCGUAUCAUGGAUGUUUUGGUUGCAAUCAUACCUUUCCCAGACUCUACACCCUGGCUCUCAUUUUGACGACAGCAAGACCUGUCGUCCAUUCCUUUACCGGAAGCGCUAUUUCUUUGGGCUUUUUUCAGCUGGUCUCUGAAAUGCUCAGCGUCCUUAUUUAUUGACUAGAUGGGACUGCUGUGCCUCUCAUCGACCUCUAUAUUGCGCUGUGAAUCACUUACCAGGAUUCAAUAUGUGGUUCUCGUAAUCCCUUCGGCCCUGGAAAUUAUCUUUUCGACCUCACUUAUUUUCACUAAUCGCGGCUCGGGUCGGCGACACCUGUUGCUUACUGCUGAAGGGUGGUUGUACUUGACUUUGACAAUCCUGGAUUUGAUUUCUCACAUACUACCUGCUGCGCGGGAUAACCUAAGGACGUUUGAAAUCAUGGAUAUUGUCGUAGCUGCUAUGUCGUCACUUCCAAUAUUAUUAUACACCGCAUUUCUUUUUCUCUUCACCAACGCUGAGCUCCUCGAGUCCCUCCCGAGCCGUUUUCGAAAAAUCGCAAAGCCCUUGCUAUUAUUUUUCAUUCCUGCCAUAAUCAUGCUCAAUGAACUGGCAUCCCUGUUCGGCAUAACACGUCGUGCCAACGACGCUGGCAUUUUUAUCGGCUUUAAGAGCGACCGUGAUCGUGACCUGUGGACAUUUUUCACCAGCAUAACACUUGCACUUUUUACCGUGUACCAAGCAAUCAACUUCUGCCUUGUGUUCUUUCGUCUCGUGAAUGCUUUACGAGGGCAACGGGAUUUUGAAGCCUCGUCCUCAGAUCAAGCUUAUUUGUUUAGGGGAAUUUGCUGGAUUUCUGGAGGUCUGAAGCUGGGUGUUAUUGAAACAGUUGUAGGGUUUGCGCACACGGGGUUUUCUGGCGCUUUGAUUCGUCGAGUGUUCAGAUGCUUAGCGAGAGCUUGCUUAUGCAUUGGAGUUGCCAACGGUUUGGAUACUGUCGAGGAUUUUGCACAGUUCCAAGCUGAAUACAGACGUCCAGGAAAUAAGAACGAGAAGCGUGGCGACUCCCAUUUCAGAACUCUUAUCUCCAAUCCUCAAUUGGGUACCUUUCGUCAACUGUCCCCUUCCGCGACCGAGUUUCAUGUAAUGCCCCGGGCCUUAGGAAGAGGUAUCGGGCCUCGGGCUACUUCUGGUCUCUCGGGAAUGAAUGAAAUGAAUUCACUCAAGACCCAACUUCCAGCACAACGUGUUACCAUCGACUUUGCCCAAGGUGCCCCAUCGUUGAACAUGCGACCCUUUUCUUCACUGGAUAUUUCCAGCCCCAUCACGCUCGUAACUUCCCGGCACGGCGUAGAUGGGUCUUCCUCAGGAGGUAACUCCACAUCUUCAUCCAAUAAUUCAGUGAGGAGUCGUUCCUCCGGCAUGGGCCCCAGAGGGUCAAUUCCCGAUUCUUUCCUUCCCCAAACACUAAGCGCAGAGGCCAGCACAGAUUCUUUGCACGCGGUUCAUGAGUUAGUGCCCCAAUUUCCGGCAUUACCUCCACGGGCAGUUAUUGAACAAAAUUCUUCGAUCCCCGUCCCAAGAAGAAGAUCCAAGAGAAAAGUUAGUGGGCUCGUUCCUUGGCCAGAGAUGGACGAAGAAUUUUCGACAGAUCGAAGGACACCUGUCGCUUCUCCGCUGCAAUCACGAAGCACAAGAAAUUAUUCCCUUCCACUUUCGAUUGAAACUGCAGAUUCGGAUGGCUAUACCUUCGCCAGUACUCCAAGAAUAACCAUUAGAUCAGACCUCUCUACUCAGCAAACGACUCCAGCCACAGAUGUCCCCUCCAUCUAUGAGCCUGACGUAGGGAAGACUCGGGAUGAGGUGCAUAGAAGAUCGUUACUUCGCCCUCGGAACAUCUCUAGUCAGUGGCUCGAGUCGUCGACAACUGAGGGAGUGGAACGGUAUCGACGGCCAAGCACAGUGUCUUUCAUAUCGUCACCCACAGUCAUCCCGCCUCACACGCAGCAUUAUAAGCGAGACAGCAACAUUUCAAGGACACAUAGUCUAUACGAGGAGACAGAUAUCGUGUUGCGGCGCUCGUUGAACAGUGGAGAAGAUCCCUUCGUUGGUGAGAGGUACAAGGAGCAACUGUCGUCGUCCUCUGUGACACAGAUUAAGGGUGUUGGGAAGAUGACUAGGAGAUACACCCCGACACCUGUCUGGGGAGAAACAAGAGGCAGCAUUUAUAUUGAGCCAAUCAUGAUCCCUCCCAAGACAACUAGGAUUUCUAAUGUACAGAUUAUUCAAGGAGAUGACGAUGGGAGGGACUUCACCAGUAGUGGCAGGGCUAGCACGGAUCGAAGAAUGUCUAAUUCCGAAUCGACGCGGCCUUUAGCCCAUCAUGACAAGCGCUUGCCUUACAAGUAUUUUAUCCUGGGCCACCGUGGUUAUUACGACUUUCCAAUGGCGACUCCAGAUAUACUGACGACCGUACCGCCAUCGCAUACUCACCACGAUGAGCCAGCUACAGAUCCAGAAUUGAAGCUGCCCCAAUUGCCGUCUCUCGUUAUCAUCAUCACUGCGAAUGUUUUGUUACAGAUCUCUUUCUUCAUCAUUGUAUCGUCGUCCAACGAUUAUGCGAUCCAUCUGGGAGGAAAUUCUACGUUCUCUGGUGUGGUCAUCGGCAUACCUACCGUCUUCUCUGCAAUUGCAUUAGUGCCUUUGUUGAAAUACGAUGGAGGAGGGUACCGGUUGCCCCUGAACGUUAGUUGUGCAGUAUCCAUCGUUGGACUCCUUCUGUACGCUCUGGCAUACCCAGUGGACUACCUCUACCUCAUCCUCCUUGGCCGUAUCGUCAAUGGCAUCGGCUUCUCCAUGUGGAUGUACUGCAAACGCUAUUGCUCAGAUCCACGCAUCGUCGGGGUCCGCCGUCGGACAACGUUAGCCAGCUGGCUCGUCAUGGGACAAGGAGUGGGAAUGACCCUUGGUCCGUUUGUCGGUGGACUGCUAUACAAGGAGGUUGGCUUCACAAACAAAUGGUUCAACGGGUUCACGAGUCCAGCGUGGAUAAUGGUCGGUAUCUGGGUAGUAUUCUGGGGAGCGGUGCAAAGAUGGUACAAAGAUCCUGUUAACGAUCAGCCCAGAGCCGGAAACAGUUCGGUAGAGCAGGAUGCAGAGGACAUUCCGAUGACUGUGAUGUCCUCAUCUGAAAAGACCCCCUCGCGGGCAAUGUCGCAUCCUCCGUCAACGUCACUGGCUUCCCGACACCAUUCCGUACCUGCCUCACCAGUUCCGUCAUUCCUCCCUCCAGCUCGCCGACGACUUUCCUCGUCUCAAUGGGGUGUCUCCGUGUGCAUGUGCUGGUUCGCCAUGACCUGUUUCUUCAUACUUGGAGCCUGGGAAGCCAAUAUACCGGUGUUUGGUUCUUCCUCAGCCUCCAACUUGAACUGGACGCCAUUUUCCUCCGGAAAUUAUAUCGCUCUUGGCGGUCUGACGACAUUCCCAUUCCUCCUGCUUAAUGUCAUAUAUGCUCGCCGUUACCAAGACCGGACCACACUAGCGAUCGGUACUACCAUUGGGAUGAUGUCGCUUGUAGUCUUUAUUGCAUUGUUGGUGGCAACUGAUGAUCACGUUCAUGCUACCGCUGUGGUGGUAUGUUGGUGGGCGGUUGCUCUUGGGUUCAAUCUGGCAAGCACGGUCACGUUGAGCUUGUUGAGCAAGCAGACACCGGGAGAUUGGAAUAAUUGGACUUCUCUGGCGAUUCAGUAUAGCAAUUACACGGGGAGGGUUACAGGUGCUGUUUGGGGAGGAAGUGGCGUAGUUGUCGGAAUGGCCAACUAUGUUGGACUGGAGAUUGCGCUGGUCGGUAUCGGCGGUGUGCUGUUCACCUCAUUUUGGAAGGAUCUCAAAGCAAAAGUCGGCUGAUAUAUAGAUUAAAGUGCCAUCACUGCAAUUAUCUCAGUUUUGCUUUGCGUAUUCUUCAAAAAAACUGUUCAACCAAAGAACUUCCGAAGAUGAGGCCCAGGCCAGAUUUCUUUGAUAUCAAGGCUGGAUAUCUGCGCGGAAGGCAAAAUGGUAGCUAAAAAUCAAGAUGCCAAGUCGAAUCGUCGAAGUACGAGAACGGAAUACCAUUCGAGCUAUACCACCACAUCUAAGAAU